UAAAUAUAUUAUUUUCUUUUUAAAAACGACGUUUCAACAAACUCAUACCCACACUCGCCUAACUUUCAUUUUCUGUCAGGACAUAUGCAAAAGUGAAACUGGUCACAAACUGGCUUUUUAUUACCCAAAAGACCCUUUUUUGGCGGUGGCAGUCGGUGCUAGCUGCUAACAUUAGCUAGCUAGCUAACGUUAAAAACAUUUUCAGACAUAAGCCAGCUGCACGGAAAAUAAUGAAGCGUACGGGGAGGAGACGGAGCUCUGUGUGGGACUGCUUUGAACAAGUUGGGAACUUCGUCCGCUGCAUGAAAUGUGACGCUACGUUGAAGUACUGCGGCGGAGCCACCAGCUCCAUGAUGAACCACAUGAGCAGGCACCAUCCGUCCACGGCACCCAUAGACGAGGACGAGAAACCGGUGAUUUGUACCGUUCAGUGUAUGGAGGAGGAGAGCAGCGCUAAUUCGGACGGCAUGCAGGUUGCUAUCAUGCCACCCAACGUAAACAUGACUGCCAACCCCCAUGAGCGUGACUAUGGAGAGAGGAAGCGCCUGAAGCGGAGCUCUGUGUGGGACAUUUUCAUCAAAGUGGAUGACGAGGUGCACUGCACGAUGUGCGACACCAAGCUGAAGUACAGGAGCAGCACCACGAGCAUGAUGUACCACAUCAAAAACAAGCACCCAGACACUAUGCCUAAUGAUGGCGUGUCACUGGCAACACAUGCAGAGGUGACUGAGCUCAUCUCCAGAAUGAUAGAGAAGGACAUGCUUCCCAUCAGCGUGGUUAGUGGUGAUGGCUUUCGUGAGCUACUUACACACACUGUGCAUAACUAUAAAAUGCCAUCUGUUGGUGAUAUCACGCGCCUCAUUGAAGGUCAUUUCCAUGAGAAAGUGGAGGAGCUUGUGGUGCAGCUGGGCAGAGUGGAGAAAGUGGCUCUCACUGCUGACUUCUGGACAGCCCUCCCAUUUCAGAGGUACAUUACAGUUUUCUGUUCGUUCAUAACAGAGGAUUGGCAGGGGAGGUCAGCUGUGUUGCAGACACACAAGCUAUCAUCAGACAGCCACACCACUACAGACAGCAUCACAGAGAAGCUUCUUAACACCGUGCAGUCCUGGGGUAUCGCUGGCAAAGUGACUGCAUGUGUUCAUAACAACAUACAGGACAUCUUGUCAGCCAAUGCGUGUGCCCGUGUCACCUGGGACUAUGCAACUUGCUUUGCCACAACACUGCAGCUAGCAGUCAGCGAUGGGCUGAGUGAGGAUCUAGUCCGCAUCAUUGUUGCUGCAGGAAAACUAGUCAAACACUUCAAUCAAAACUUGCUGGCAAGCGAGGCCUUGGAGCAGAAGCAAGUUCAGAUGUGCCUGCCACAGCACAAGCUUAUCCAGUCGAGCAAAGCUAGAUGGGACACAAUCUGCGAUAUGUUUGAACGGUUACUGGAGCAGCGGUGGGCAAUUAAAGCUGUGCUCUCUGAUCGCACAAUUACCAACAGACAGGAAGCCCAGAUCCUUGAGAUUGAAGAUGAUUGCUGGCAAAUAAUUGAGAAUUUCACACCUGUGCUGGCAACUCUGAAAUGGGCAACCACAGUCAUAUCUGCUGAAACAGAAGUGUCCAUUUCAAACAUCUACCCAAUCACAUUCAGUCUCAUUCAGACCCACCUUGUGCCAAAAGAAAAUGAUGUGGAACAAGUCUCUGAGUUUAAGCUGAAAGUUCAGAAGUCACUUAGAAAUCACAUGGAGGUGGACUCUAAUGACCUAGCCUCCAAACCCGCUCUGAUAGCCUCUAUGCUGGACCCUCGUCACAAACAUCUCAGCUUCCUGACGCCGACGGGGAGACUAGCCGCAAAGGUUAAACUGCAUGAACUGGUUUCAAAAUUAGAUGUGAUAACUACUACUGUGGGCACAAAGGAUGAACAGCAGGAGAUCCUGGUCACGCCUGACAUUAGCCAGGUGGCUAUGCCCUCACAACUAAGAAGCGACACCAAGAACACCAUGAUGUUGCUCCUGGGAGACAACUACAGCUCCUCCUACGCCACAGACUCGGAGGCUCAGGUAGAUUAUUACUUGAGAGACAUUGCUCCUUCACUGGACAUAAACCCCCUUGACUGGUGGAGGGUAAAUGGACCGAGAUUCCCCAAACUGGCCACUCUGGCGAGACACUAUUUGUGUGUACCUGGAGUAUCGCUGCCAUCUUUAUUGUCAGAGGCUGGACAAACGUUUGCAACGAGGCGUACAAGACUGAGCGCAGAGCAUACUGACAUGAUGAUCUUUGUCAACAGAAAUACAUAACUUGCAUGACCCUACAUGAUGGAAGAGUACACUGACCUACACCAAUUAUAAGCUUACUGUAGGGCAAUGGGGGGCAAGAGGCAGUGGGUACAAGUAGGUAUGGCUGUUACAAGAAAGAAUGUUAAUAUGUUGUAUAUGCUGGUGCAAAUAAUGCUACAAACUACUUAUUUUUUUUAAUCAACAAAACUUUUUCCCCCUCAAGAGUCACUGUGAACUGAGCGGCAGUCAAAUACCUAACUAUACCAUAACUAUUGCUGUAGUUCCCAACAUCAAAACACAGUGAUUUGUCUUAUUACCUCACUUGAAUUGUCUGCUGACACCUGACCUGGCUUUCAGUAGUGGAUAGUGAGCCAAUGUUUAAAUGAUGUCAGCAAUAUCUGUGUUAGCGCAAGGACACUACAAAUGCUUGGCAUUCUACAUCAAACAUGAGGCAUAACCAUGGAUCUACUAAAGGCUGCUUACAGUAUAACCUUUGCCAUUACACAGGUAAUAUGUUUUGUGCAUGGUCGUUACAAACACAUUCAUAAUAGAUUUCUGUACGACAGUCUACAUAGAAGGGUUAAACUAAAAACAGUGAAGAACUAUCACUGGUUUGUUCCUUUGUUAGCAUGGUAGCAUACUGAAUAACUAUAUUAUCAAUACAGCUAGAAACUCACUGACCAAACUAACUGUAUUAUUAACUAGUAUUAUUGUGGUGUCUGUCGUGUUUCUUAAUGUGCUACACAAAUAUAAAA